GAAGAUGGAGCCUGCCGGCAUGGAUUAUUUCUGCGAGCAGGUACAGCAGAAGGACGUGGGCCGCAGGAUGCAGGUCGGCCAAGAGCUGCUGGAGUACCUGGGCGACCCGGCGAGGUCCACCGAUCUGGAGCAGGACCAGCAGCGCCUUGACAAAGUGAUCGACGAGUUAACAGCGUGGGUCAACUCCAGUAAUUUUAAGGUAGCACUGCUGGGAUUAGAUGUUCUAGGUGCCUUUGUCGACAGACUAUCAGGACGCUUUAAACCCUAUAUAGGAACUGUUCUCCUGCCUUUGAUAGACCGUAUGGGAGAUGCCAAAGACCAAGUUCGAGAGCAAGCACAGAAUCUUAUCUUGAAAUUGAUGAGUGAAGCAGCACCGCCCAUGUACAUUUGGGAACGCCUUGCUGUUGGUUUUAAACACAAGAAUUACCGAUCCCGAGAAGGAGUGUGUUUGUGUCUUGUCGCUACCUUAAACAUUUAUGGUGCACAGCCAUUAAUCCUCAGCAAGUUGGUACCACACCUGUGUAUAGCAUUUGGUGACUCCAACAGUCAGGUGAGAGAUGCUGCCAUACUAGCUAUUGUACAGGUUUAUAGACAUGUGGGAGAGAAGGUACGAAUAGAUCUUACGAAGCGAGGCAUUCCUCCUGGAAGGUUGCAAACAAUYUUUGCAAAAUUUGAUGAAAUAAGAAACUCUGACAAUAUGAUUUUAAGUAACGUCAGUGACAAAAGCUUUGAUGAUGAAGAGUCAGUGGAUGGAAAUAGGCCAUCAUCAGCUGCUUCAGCCUUCAAGGUUCCAGCACCUAAAAAGCCAGGAAAUCCUUCAAACAGUGCAAGAAAGCCAGGAUCAGCUGGUGGGCCUAAGGUUGGAGGUUCCUCUAAAGAAGGAGGAGCUGGAGCUGUGGAUGAGGAUGAUUUUAUUAAGGCAUUUACAGAUGUUCCUACUGUACAGAUCUAUUCUAGUCGAGAACUUGAAGAAACGUUGAACAAAAUCAGGGAAAUUCUCUCAGAUGACAAACAUGAUUGGGAUCAGCGAACUAAUGCGCUGAAGAAAGUUCGAUCCUUGCUUGUUGCUGGAGCUGCACAGUACGAUGGGUUUUUCCAGCAUUUACGGCUGUUGGAUGGUGCUUUCAAGCUGUCAGCCAAGGAUCUCAGAUCACAGGUGGUUCGAGAAGCCUGCAUUACUGUAGCCCACCUUUCAACUGUUCUGGGAAACAAGUUUGACCAUGGCGCUGAAGCAAUUGUGCCUACUCUUUUUAACCUGGUUCCCAACAGCGCCAAAGUGAUGGCAACCUCUGGGUGUGCAGCCAUCAGGUUCAUUAUUCGGCAUACUCAUGUGCCACGACUCAUACCUUUAAUAACAAGYAACUGUACCUCAAAAUCAGUUGCAGUUAGAAGGCGCUCCUUUGAAUUUUUAGACCUGUUAUUACAAGAGUGGCAAACACAUUCACUGGAAAGGCAUGCAGCUGUCUUGGUUGAAACAAUCAAGAAGGGCAUUCAUGAUGCUGAUGCAGAAGCAAGAGUGGAGGCAAGAAAGGCUUAUCUGGGUCUUAGAAAUCACUUUCCUAGUGAAGCUGAGACUCUGUACAAUUCUYUGGAGCCACCCUAUCAAAGAAGCCUUCAGACCUACCUGAAGAAUUCUGGCAGUAUAGCAUCUCUCCCUCAGUCAGACAGGUCGUCCUCUAGCUCACAGGAGAGCCUCAAUCGGCCUCUAUCUUCUAAAUGGUCUGCAGCCAGCCCAGCAAGUCUUGCAGGCAGAGUUUCAGGCAGCAGCAAGGGCGUUCCAAGCCCGGGCACUCUGCAGAGGUCUCGCAGUGACAUCGAUGUGAACGCUGCUGCAGGCGCCAAAGCCCGCCACGCUGCUGGACAGACAGCUGGGGCUGGGCGCCUGUCAACAGCUGGGCUGCCCCCGGGAUCCUACGCCUCCCUAGAGGAUACUUCUGACAAGAUGGAUGGAACAGCUUCUGAAGAUGGUCGUAUACGAUCAAAGCUCUCAACCCCUUCUGUUGGUAUUGGAAAUUCUAAAACAGAUUCCAGAGGACGGAGUAGAACCAAAGUGGUGUCGCAAUCUCAGCCUGGCAGUAGAUCUGGGUCUCCUGGAAGAGUUUUGACAACAACCACACUUUCCACUAUGAACACAGGAGUUCAGAGGGUGUUGGUGAAUCCUGCAGCUGCACAAAAACGGAGCAAAAUCCCACGAAGUCAGGGGUGCAGUAGAGAAGCUAGUCCUUCUAGGUUGUCAGUAGCGCGAGGCAGCCGCAUUCCUCGGCCUAGUGUGAGUCAGGGCUGCAGUCGGGAGGCCAGCCGUGAAAGUAGCAGGGACACGAGCCCUGUCCGCUCUUUCCCACCCCUUGCUUCCAGACAUCACUCCAGAUCCACUGGUGCCCUCUACGCUCCUGAUGCUUAUGGGGCCACAGGUACUGGCUUUGGAAUUAGUCAGUCGAGUAGAUUGUCAUCAUCAGUCAGUGCUAUGCGAGUUCUGAACACAGGUUCUGACGUGGAAGAGGCAGUAGCAGAUGCUUUGAAGAAGCCCGUGCGAAGAAGAUAUGAAUCGUAUGGGAUGUACUCAGAUGAUGAUGCCAACAGUGACGCAUCAAGUGCCUGUUCAGAGAGGUCCUACAGCUCCAGGAAUGGGAGCAUACCAACCUACAUGAGGCAGACGGAAGAUGUGGCUGAAGUCCUGAACCGCUGUGCSAGCACCAACUGGUCAGAGAGGAAAGAAGGCCUUUUAGGCCUGCAAAACUUACUAAAGAACCAGAGAACUCUAAGUCGUGUUGAGUUGAAAAGAUUGUGUGAGAUCUUCACAAGAAUGUUUGCUGAUCCUCACAGUAAGGUGUUCAGUAUGUUUUUGGAGACGCUGGUUGACUUCAUCCAGGUCCAUAAAGAAGAUCUGCAGGACUGGCUGUUUGUAUUGCUGACACAACUGUUGAAAAAAAUGGGUGCUGAUUUGCUUGGGUCUGUACAAGCAAAAGUUCAGAAGGCACUUGAUGUCACAAGGGAAUCUUUUCCAAAUGAUCUCCAGUUCAGUAUUUUAAUGAGAUUUACUGUUGACCAGACCCAAACACCUAGCCUGAAGACAGUCCAGCCAGCACUGCAGGACCAGCUUCGCUCUUUUUGGAGCUCAAAGGUCAAAGUUGCAAUCCUAAAAUACAUAGAAACUCUUGCGCAACAGAUGGAUCCAGGAGAUUUUGUAAAUUCAAGUGAAACUAGGUUAGCAGUGUCUCGAAUCAUCACUUGGACAACAGAACCUAAAAGCUCAGAUGUUAGGAAGGCUGCACAGUCAGUGCUGAUUUCCCUUUUUGAACUCAACACUCCAGAGUUUACAAUGCUAUUGGGUGCUUUACCAAAAACAUUUCAGGAUGGAGCCACAAAGCUUCUCCAUAAUCAUCUCCGGAAUACAGGCAACAGUGGUCAGGGAUCGAUGGGAAGUCCUUUAACAAGACCUACUCCACGCUCCCCAGCAAGUUGGUCAAGCCCUCUCACUUCCCCAACCAACACAUCACAGAACACGUUGUCACCAAGUGCAUUUGACUAUGACACUGAAAAUAUGAAUUCUGAAGAUAUUUAUAGCUCUCUUCGUGGAGUCACGGAAGCCAUUCAGAAUUUCAGUUUUCGUAGUCAGGAAGAUAUGAAUGAGCCUGUGAAACGAGAUGCUAAAAAAGAUGAUGGCGAUUCGAUUUGCAGUGCUUCUGGAAUAGUUGACAUGCGAGCAGGAAGUGGUGUGAGCGACACAGGUCGGACAGCUCUGGAUAACAAAACAUCAUUACUCAACACGAUGCCUCCCCACUCCUCACCACGCUCACGGGAUUACAACCCAUACAACUAUUCUGACGGUAUCAGUCCAUUUAAUAAAUCUGCUUUGAAAGAAGCCAUGUUUGAUGAUGAUGCAGAGCAGUUUCCUGAUGAGCCCCCCAUGGACCAUUCAGAUCUGGUUGCAGAGCUACUGAAAGAGUUAUCAAACCAUAAUGAGAGAGUUGAGGAAAGAAAGGCUGCCCUGUACGAGCUCAUGAAGUUAACUCAGGAAGAGUCUUUUGCUGUUUGGGAUGAGCACUUCAAAACAAUAUUACUUCUACUGCUUGAAACGCUUGGAGACAAAGAGCAUGCAAUUAGAGCUUUGGCACUGAAAGUCCUAAGAGAAAUUCUAAGAAACCAGCCAGCAAGGUUUAAGAAUUAUGCAGAACUUACAAUCAUGAAGACACUAGAAGCUCAUAAGGACCCUCAUAAGGAGGUGGUGAGAUCUGCUGAAGAAGCUGCUUCCAUGCUGGCCACUUCCAUUAGCCCAGAUCAGUGCAUUAAAGUUCUCUGUCCAAUUAUCCAAACAGCAGAUUACCCCAUUAAUCUGGCUGCAAUCAAAAUGCAGACAAAAGUUAUAGAAAGAGUAUCUAAAGAAACCCUUACUCAGCUUUUACCAGAGAUUGUGCCAGGUCUAAUACAGGGUUAUGAUAAUUCAGAGAGCAGCGUUCGUAAGGCAUGUGUUUUCUGCCUUGUAGCCAUUCAUGCAGUAAUUGGUGAUGAACUAAAACCACAUCUCAGUCAACUCACUGGCAGUAAAAUGAAAUUAUUGAACCUYUACAUUAAACGUGCGCAAACAGGCUCUGGAGCAGGGGACACAGCAGCAGAUAUAUCUGGACAAAGCUAAUGAAGCUGACAAGAGUUAACCAGGUCUCUUAAAGCAAGGGCAAGGCCCUCUUCRGUGAAAGGAAAAUCCUUACAUACAACUUCUGGAACUUUUUUCUUGUUUUGUUUUUCCUCCCCCCUCUUUUGUUAUUUUUUUUUUGUUUGGGGUUUUGUUUUCUUUCUUUAACCAAUGGCUGUCCUCAGCCUGCAUGAGACUGUYGCAAUAGAAUUAUUCCAAAUCUAAGGAAAAACAGUAUUAACAUCAGUUGAUCAAAGCAGAAUAAAAUUUUAAAAUAAUCUUACCCAUCAGUUACCCUGUUCAUAAUCCUCUGUGUCUUCCCAUUAACUUUUGCCAGUGUUACUGUAUUAAAAAAACGAUUUUUUUAAUGCUAAUUAAAAAGGUAUGCUUUAAGCUUCAGAAGUUAAAAUACAGAUUCUGUUGCUUUUCUCCAGCUGCAGAUAACAUUACUUUAUUAUUGCUGUUUUGUUUGAGUAUCAUGUCCUUCGCUAGAAACAAGAAGUGAUGUGAAACAAGGCUGAACUAGUCUGAACUGCAGUGAGACUCAUUCACUGUGUUGAUGGUUCAUCAUCUUAUUUACRGCUUGUUUGGGAUAUUCUGGAGAUUGAGAAAUAUGCCUAUAAAAAGAAAGCUGGAUUGAUCCAGUUCUGUCACAGUGAUAUUGUUCAUUGGUUGUAUGUUUGUUGCAUAAAUAAGAAUUUAGUGUGCGCAGUGGAGGAUUGGUACAACCAGUACCUCUUAAUGUGGAAGACAGCCCUGCCAGGGCAUCAUUGCCGACCUGGUGAUAGUGUGGCAGCCUGCUGGUGAGCAGCAGAGUUCAUGGUCAUUUGAUGGAUGUGAACCAUCCUUGUCACCUUKCGUUCUUCAAGCAGGAUGCUUCAGAAUGGAGUGCUCUGCCCAAGCAUGCUCAGUAUGUAUUUAUCUUUAUCACUAGAAUGUUUCCUCUCAACCUAAUUGCUGGAACAAGUAGUCUUGUAUUGUAACUCACAUGGGAUCUUAUGACAACAGUGCAGAAAACUAUUUAUUCCUUACCUUCUGAAAAGCACCAAGAUUUUCUGCAUUGAAUUUAAAUGGGGGGAGGGGGGAAUAGUCACAAAUGCUAUGGAUCUCGCCACCUUUUCAUUUAAAGAAAAAUAUAUAUUUUGGAUGAGUAGGAAAAGCUGCACCAAAUUAUUUGCAUGGUUUUMUUGAAUAGCAUCCUCAAGACCCAUCUGGAUUAAGGUGUGGAMAUGUUUCAAGGGUUUGUUUUUCCAUUUUUGAGAAAGAGUUAGUAUAUUGUGAAUAAUGGUUCUUUGUAUUUAUGAAGUUGAUAAUGGAAAGAGAACAAAGAUAAGUAAAUGUGUCCCUAAAUGUUGUCUUUUUCUUUUUUCUUUUCCUUUUUUUUUUCCUUUUUUUUCCUUUUUUUAAAAUAUAAGCAGCAAGCUAAUUAAGUGAGAAAUGGCAUGAAACAGUGCCCUUCCCAGGAAUAGUGGAACUUUUUUUCCUGACUUUUUUUUCCCUUUGACUGUGAUAUUGUCUAGUUGUAGGAAGUGUAUCCUGAUAAGAGAGAAAAUAGUGGUGCCAAGGAUGAUGAUCUAUGCUAGGCUAAAAUUCUCUCUACCUCUUCAGGGUGACUAAUUUUUGACUAAGCUGCUGCAUCUAGCACCAGUAGAAGAACUAUCUACAGAAAAAUCUUUAUUUUUUUUUUCCAGAUUAUCACUUCAUAUGUAUUCAAAACUCUAUUCUUCAACAUUGCAGCCAAAUAUCAUAAGAAACUACUUACACACUUUACCUGCUAGGAACCCUGAAAAACAAAACUGAAUAAAAAAUUAAGUCAGAUGCUUGUAGUUAACAUGAAAGGUUGUUUUUACUUUAGUUUGAAGUGAAUGCGAUAGAAGGAGCUAAGAUGUGGUUAUUAAAGAAGCAAUGCCAUUGCAGAGAUUUAUCUGGAGGAAAAGUUGUAGAAUUAUAUGUAAAGAAUUAAAACCAAGACUGUCAUAACUCGUCGCUAGCCCUUUUUAGCAGCUACAUCAAGAAAAUAGUAUCUCCUCCUUCUUUCCUUUGUUACGUGUAACAUCUUUGUUGUUUUCUACUGUUUAAUUACAUUGUGUAUUUAUAGUUCUAUGCUUACCAUUGUGCAUAUACUGGCAAUAAAAUGUACAUAACAUUACUUAAAAGAUUAGCAAUGUAUACAUUCUGGUUUUUCUGUUUUAUUUGAUCACAUGCUAUAAGAAAAAUUAUAAAUGUGAUUCAUACAACAUUGAUUUAAAAAAUUUUUAUCUUAAUCUUCAUGUUCUGUGUGUCCAAAUGAUGUUUCUUUAUAUAGUCUUGUUGCUAAAUCUGACUUGGCAUWUGAGAACAUGCUGUGAAUAUGAGUAUGCAAGACGAAUUUUUAAAAAAUUGAAUAGAAUCUUUAUGAACACAGUUUCCUUCAUCUAGGCAGAUUUCCUGUUUAUUAUUUCAUUUAUUUGUACAUUAUACAUCGUUUACAUUUUAUUUUUUUAAUAUUUAAAAAAUAUUUUUCAGUCUAAAGUCUUGUAGUUUUUACAUUAUAAUUAUACAAUUAUACAAAAAGUCACUUAAAAAAAUUGCACAAAUUCUAAGCUUAAUAGCCCUGUAUGUUACUCCUGCAUUUUGUAUAGGUAAUAUUUCUUUUCAGAGAAUCAUUGCAAGAUGACUGUUACUUGUCAUCUUUUUGAAGAUGCUAUUUCAUACUGAAAAUAUAAGUUAUUGAAACAUACAGUAUAUAUUCCUGAUGAAACCUAGUUUUUUUAUGUGUAAACAAAAGAUAUGUUUUUUAUCCCCURUAUGACUGAAAAAUAGGUAGAGGGGAGGAAGAUAUUUACACGAAGUUUGUUCAUCAGUUUUGCUUUUAAGCAGUCUCUAAGUGUUUUAAGCAAAGAUAUCCCAUGUAUUAAAAAUCUCAAUGCAAUAUAUUUAAAUGAAUAUUUUACUUAUGAUAUGACUAGUUCUGUUUCCAGCAGAGAUGGGGUUGCUAUCUUUGUAAACAAAUAGAAUCUAUUUAUAUUAUGUGAAGCCAUCAGAAUGUAGGAAUUUGGAAUGAAAAUUAUUUCCACAGCAGCCAAUUAUCAGAUUCACUGCAUUGCUUUUUGCCUUCAUUUCCUAUAUUAUAAGUAGAUAUUAGCUCAGUUAAAUUCAAGCAAUGAUUAGUCAUGCCUUAUGUUCCUGCUGGAGGUGAUUUCUCUAAUGGAUUAGCAUAAAUAUCUUGCAAAAAUUAGGACAGUUAUAAGUUACUGUUCUUUCAGAAAGGGUUUCUACAUGUUCCUUCUAAUAUCCUGUGAAGAUAGGUCAUUGCAGUAAUUUGAAUACUGAAAUGUAAUUCUUAAAGGUUGGGUUUGAGCUUAAAAAAAAGAGGAAGGAGAAGGAAAGCUACAURCAGAAUCAGGAUGGGAAAUGGAUAUUGUGGAUGUCUCAGACUUGGAUGUCAUUUGCUUUAAAGUAUUUUGAGUARCACAUUAUGUUCAGCUGAAGUCUUAGCAAGGAAGUUGGGAUAAUAAAUGUAAAUUGAAAGGAGAGCUGAUCAUGUAAAUUUUCCUGAGUUGGCUUGCUUGUUUGUUUUUGAAGAUAAAGGUUGGAACAGA